AUCCACGUGGUCUCCCGCCAAGCAAGGAGGCGGCCCUGCGCAGGCGCGGCUCUCUGCGCAGGCGCAAGCGCGUCCCAGGGGCACGGAGUGGCUGCCGGCGGUUAGCGAGAGCGGGAGCGGGUGAGCUGAGAGCCUGCGCCAUGGUAGAGAAGGAGGAGGCCGGCGGCGGCGGCGGCGGCGGCGGCGGCGGCGGCGGCAUCAGCGAGGAGGAGGCAGCGCAGUAUGACCGACAGAUCCGCCUGUGGGGACUGGAGGCCCAGAAGCGGCUUCGAGCUUCCCGGGUGCUGAUUGUUGGCAUGAAAGGACUUGGGGCUGAAAUUGCCAAGAAUCUUAUCCUGGCAGGAGUCAAAGGGCUCACCAUGCUGGACCACGAACAGGUAUCUCCAGAAGACCCUGGAGCUCAGUUCUUGAUUCAGACUGGGUCUGUGGGCCGAAAUAGGGCUGAGGCCUCUUUGGAACGAGCCCAGAAUCUCAAUCCCAUGGUGGAUGUAAAGGUGGACCCUGAGGACGUAGAGAAGAAGCCAGAGUCCUUCUUCACAAAGUUUGAUGCGGUGUGCCUGACUUGCUGUUCCAGAGACGUCAUCAUUAAAGUGGACCAGAUCUGUCACAGAAACAGCGUCAAGUUCUUCACAGGAGAUGUCUUUGGGUACCAUGGGUACACCUUUGCAAAUCUCGGAGAACACGAAUUUGUAGAAGAGAAAACCAAAGUUACCAAAGUUAGCCAAGGAGUGGAAGAUGGACCUGAGGCCAAGAGAGCAAAGCUUGAUUCAUCAGAGACAACCAUGGUCAAAAAGAAAGUGCUUUUCUGCCCUGUAAAAGAGGCGCUAGAAGUAGACUGGAGUGGAGAGAAAGCCAAGGCUGCCCUGAAGCGCACUGCCCCUGACUACUUCCUGCUGCAAGUGCUGCUGAAAUUCCGCACAGAUAAAGGGAGAGAUCCAACUUCUGAAAGCUACAAGGAGGAUGCGGAGCUGCUGCUGCAGAUACGGAAUGACGUGUUUGACUCACUGGGCAUCAGUCCUGACCUGCUUCCCGAUGACUUUGUCAGGUACUGCUUCUCUGAGAUGGCCCCAGUAUGUGCUGUGGUUGGAGGGAUCUUGGCACAGGAAAUUGUGAAGGCCCUGUCUCAAAGGGACCCUCCUCACAACAACUUCUUCUUCUUCGACGGCAUGAAGGGGAGUGGAAUUGUGGAGUGCCUUGGUCCCCAGUGAGCUGAGGUGUGUACAAGGCCACCAAGUCACCUGCCCUCUCUCUGGAUCAUUUUUCUAGAGCAAGCAGGCCAGACUUCAUCCUGCCUUUGUCUUUGCAGCUGUCAGGGACAUGCGGGGUCCUGAGUAUGGUAAUCACGUGGCACCCCUCUGGCAUUGCUCCCUUGGGCUGUCACUGGGGACUGGCAACGCCUGGUGAGAGCAUCAUAUUUCAUGAUAUCAGAGUUUCUUGUCACCUUUUGGACUUAACUUCCUUCUAUAGGUCAACAGAGGGGAUGCGAGACCCAGAGCUGCCUGGAGAACUGAGAACAGCGCUCUGUUGUUGACCCUUCCUCAGUCUGGAGCUGGGUGUUGGAAGGGAAAGACUGCCACCCAUUUGUCAUGUCUUUUGGUUGUGAGCCUAUGCACCUUACCUUUAAUGGUUGAGCCAUCUUUUCAGCCCAAACAGUUUACUUCUAAAAGGUAGAUUUAAUGCUAGGGGCCAUUAUGCAGGCUUGUAAUCCUAGACAUUGGGAUGCCGUGGCAGGGGGGUUGCUGUAAAUUUCAAGGCCAAGUUGGUCUACAUAAUGUACCAACAACGUUUCUCAAAAUAUAAUAAAGGCAGGGUUAGGGUGGGUUACUGUCUCCCAGCUCCUCAUACUGGGCACCCAGGCCCCCUGACUGGGGUGGGUUGGGGGCAGCUGGUUUGGUCUUCUAGGAGUAUGAGGGCAGCUUGUCUGGUUUGUAGAUCCCCUUGGUUGUUGGAUAGAGAAUGAUAAUAAAGUGUGUUUCUCU